UCUCCCUGGAAGCUGAAAGUGGACUCUCAAGGCCCUUUUAUUCUGUGAGGUUGGCAGGCUGUCAUCUACAACUCACUCAAAAGGGUGUCAGAGAAGAAAAAAAAAGGCACCCCAAACUCAGCAACUUCAUAAUAUCCCCACUCCCGAAACCUUAAAACGGUGUCAAGUCAAGGAAACCUGGGGUGAAUCCUUACCAUGCAGUUUUCGACUGCAGUAAGUCCACAGUCAGUAUAUACUCCAAGCUGGAAGGUCGAAAGCAAGUAUUCAACCAGAGUGCUCACCGGAAACUGGGUGGAAGAGAGGAGGAAGUUCAUCAGAGCCACUGAGAAGACACCCCAGAGCUCCUACAGUAAAGAGUACGUCCCUUUCCCUGGCCACAGACCGGACCAGAUCUCCAGGUGGUAUGGGAAGAGGAGAAUCGAGGGGCUCCCGUACAAACACCUGAUCACCCACCACCAGGAGCCCUCGAACCGCCACCUGAUCAGCACGUACGACGACCAUUACAACCGGCACAAUUAUAACCCGGGCCUGCCCCCGCAGCGCACCUGGAAUAGACAUAAGUUGCUGUGGCUUCCAGAGAAAAACGACUCCCCCCUUCUGGUUCCCCCUACAAACUACGGACUCUACGAGCAGCUGAAGCAGAGAUGGCUCACCCCCGAGGCUGGCCUGGGAAAGAGCACUUACACUUUGUCCUACCCCAGACCGCUGCUGUGCGCUCUGUCCCGGCGGGAGCACGCCAUCCCGGUCCCUCCCCAGCGCCUGCAGCCCAUCCCACGCUUCUGAGAACUGUCACCCCACCCACAGCACAGGCAGAACCAACUGGAGACCUACUGUGCGACUGGACCUGCCAGAGAGCAGGCAGCUGCAGAUGCACCCCGAGUUUUAAAUGCAGCCCAUUGAGGGUCCCUCAGAGUCAUGGUCCUCCACGCCCGCGGGUUCCUUUCUUGUCCAGCCCACAAUUAAAGCUCUUUGACACG